GCAAGACCGGAAAUACGUCAUCACGUCGUCGAAGCGGUUGGAGCUUUCAGCUGUCAGACUUUGGCCACCCAAGUGAAGGUUUUGUUAGCAAACUUAACGCGAACUAUUCGGAUUGUUUUAAAGUUGUGCAUUGUUUUGCGAGUCGAUCUUUGAGCGCGCGGACUGGUUAUUGUUGCGCUAMGCUUGCACGAGGACGAACCGACUAGAUAUUUCCCCCUCCAUUUCUUUUUUUUCUUUUAUCGCUGUUAGAUCUUGCGCUGCAAAACCAGCGAUCCUGAGCGGGUGUAAGACUAGAUGCAGGGAGGGAGGGAGUAAAAAAAAAAAGGCAAAAGUCUUUGUGUUUCCCUUCCCCCUCAUCAAAGCAAAGGGGAAAUGUCUCUUUCUAAAGGAGGGAGGAAGAAGACCCCUGGGCCGAAGCUGCCCAUAAACCUGAUUACACCUCCACCACCGGAAGCUACAGCGCCUCCUCGAGACCUUGACUCUAAAGCCUGUGUCACCAUUGGAGAUCGGAACUUUGUAGUUGAGGCUGAUGACUUGGAGCAGAUUGAAGAGCUCGGGAGGGGGGCCUAUGGGGUGGUGGACAAAAUGAGACAUGUGCCCAGUGGUGUCAUCAUGGCCGUGAAGCGGAUUCGUGCUACAGUUAACACUCUGGAGCAGAAGAGGCUUCUAAUGGACCUGGACAUUUCCAUGAGGACAGUUGACUGCUUCUACACUGUGACCUUCUACGGUGCCCUUUUCAGAGAGGGUGAUGUUUGGAUCUGUAUGGAACUGAUGGACACGUCUCUGGAUAAGUUCUACAAGAAGGUUAUCGAAAAAGGCAAAACCAUUCCCGAGGACAUCUUGGGCAAGAUCACAGUAGCAAUUGUCAAGGCAYUAGAGCAUCUGCACCACAACCUGUCGGUGAUACACAGAGAUGUGAAGCCAUCCAACGUCCUGAUCAACACUGAGGGCCAAGUGAAAAUGUGUGACUUUGGCAUCAGUGGCCACCUGGUGGAUUCUGUGGCCAAAACGAUGGACGCAGGCUGCAAGCCCUACAUGGCGCCUGAACGCAUCAACCCGGACCUCAACCAGAUUGGCUACAGUGUCAAAUCAGACAUAUGGAGUCUGGGAAUCACCAUGAUCGAGCUGGCCAUUUUGAAGUUCCCCUACGACACCUGGCGCACCCCGUUCCAGCAGCUCAAGCAGGUGGUGGACGAACCGUCGCCACAGCUGCCUGCUGACCGUUUCUCCCCGGAGUUUGUGGAAUUUAUCUCUCAGUGCUUAAGAAAGAAGCCGAAUGAACGACCAGCUUAUACAGAAUUAAUGAAACAUCCAUUUUUCACCAUGCACGACGCUAAAGAGACAGAUGUGGCCAGUUUUGUCAAGGACAUCCUGGAUGUUUGAUGGAGCAUCCUCCGUGCUCCACCUCGUCAGUGUGGGCGGGACCUUUCUGCAAACAAACCAAUGGCCCUAAUUUUUUUUUUAACUCACUGGAAUGACAAACUGUCACGCACCCACUCAACAGGGUGAUGACCCAAAGACUGACAGCGGCUCUGGACUUGGAGAGCGGUGGUAAUAUGAACUAGUGCAGUCAACAGGAGAGGGUUGUAUUUUUUUUUUCCUGCUCUUCUAAACUUCUUGUGCAAGCAUUUAUCCCACAUCAAAAUUAUGAACUGAACCAAAUUUUUUUUUGUUUUUUUCGUUGCUCUCGAUCGUCUUCUUAUUUCUCCAAAACGAGCAGAGCCAGCCGUUAUUUGUCUGUGACACGUUGAUUGAAUUUCACAUGCAAAACCAACAGUUACCGUGUAUGUUUUUGUCUCUCGAAUGAURUAUUUGCAUAUCUGUUUGUAUGCUUUCAUGAUACAGAGUUUUGAUACUGUGUUUCUUUGACAAGUGUGAAUUUUACGGGACUAGAGCCUUUUUUUUUAAUUUGUUGGACCGCGUGUGGUCUGACCUGCUUCUGCCUUGAUGCGAUUGGUCAGGGUCGAGGGGGUGCUGUUGUUGUCACAGGCCAGCCUGUCGGCAAUUUGGACUGAGGCAUAACUGAAAAAAAAAAAAAAAAAGAGUUAAAGGUCACUUUGUAGGCAGGAGGAGUCUUUCCUAGAGCGCUGAAUGACGCCGUGCAAGAAUGUAAAGCAUCUCGUAUCAUCAGUGAUCAGAGGUGCCCUCCAUGCAGUGACCACUCCUCUUCUUUCCUGGUCAUCAGAGUCAGUUCCAGUGUUGUGAUUGUUACUACAUAGAAAUAUUCAGGGGUUGCCUAAUCAAGCUUUACAGCUUUAUCUUUUUCUAUGUGCCAUUUUGUGCAUCGUUCUAAUGAAUCGAUUAUGUUUCUCCUCAUUUGGACUUGUUCUGGUUUGAAUUUGGUUUUGUUUCAGUGACAUUUAGCUGUUCUAUCCUUUCUCAACCAUCUUCCUAAAUCUUGAGUCAGCGUAGUCAUUUAGUAAGAGGCACUUAAUGUUAUUUUUUUUGUGUGUGGUUUAGGAGAGCCUUACAGAGACAGCGUGUUUGAGAAGUAAUUUAUAUGCCGAAGAUGUAAAUAUUUCCAAUUUUUUAAAUGCAACACGGCACUGUCUCGACCCAUCACAGUGUAGCUGAAAGGUGGAUUAGUUUUAACCCAGUGUGUCGCAUUUACAGUUCCUGCACGGCCAGCUGACUUCUCUAUGCUGUCGAGCUCCAACACUCAGGUUUCCGUGGCCUACAGUACCAUAUGCAGAGAAGAAUCCCCCACCCUUAGUUUUAUUCUAUUAAGCCUCGAAUAAAGAUCCUUUUUUCAGUCUUUCACUAUGCAGAGCCCCCUGGAGACGCUGCAGCUCUGUCCUGAGGCCGUUUCCUCACUUCGAGUGCUCAGAUUGAUGAUGAUGGUGCCGUGACAGCCAAUUUAUUGCAAGCACUCAUCAUCUCUCUGGUUUACAUGGUAAUGCAAGUUUUUUUUUCAAUCAUCAGCAAUUUUGGAGUAUGUAUGAAUGUGAAUUAUAAGGGAAAGCUAGCAACACCACAUAGAAGCUGCUGUUAUAUCUUUAUUUUUUUCUCUCUUUUCAGUAGGCCCUCCUUGAAUGGGCAUUCCCUUUGUGUGUUUAAACAGAUUAUUUUUUUGCUGAUCACCAUAAGAAUGGAACACUUGCUCUACCUCUUACUCCUUCACUCUGUCAGACACCUUUUCACUGGGUGGGACUGACAAACUUGAACGUGGAAACACACAAAAAUAAAGGCUUUAUUGUUCAGUCUGUCCAUAGCUUUCAUUCUUUCCCACUUCUGUUGCAGUAAACCUGAAUAUGUUCACUGUGUAGUUUUUUUUUUUUUUCUGCGUUGUUUGGACGUUUGCUCCAUAAUCGCUCCUGUGUUCUUUUUGUUUUACUUUCUGUGUGCGUCUUGAAGCGUAAGUCACAAGUUGGAGUUCUUAAUCCUAUGUGGUUGUUAGUUUUAAUUAACCCUGUUCUUUCUGCAAAGACACUAAUUAAAAAGAGAACUGGCUCAUCCAGCUCACAAAGGAAACACGA